AUUAAUCAACAGAGACUCGGACUAAAAGGAGGAGAGGGAACAUGAAACGGUGAAAUAAAGGGAAAAAAAAAGGGAGGGUUAGAGAGUUUACGAACUCGCCGGCGGCGGAUUUCGGAGAGUUCUGGCAUCCGGUGAUGACUGUUCGGUAAAACCCUAAAAAGUUUUGACCUCGUAAUUCGGGGGCAUCUCGGGUUCGGGUCUCAGGUGAGAUGGGGAUUCAUUGGGACGACGGAGUUAUAAUCGAGCAUGGGAAGAAAACCGGCGACCCUACCGUCGUGACGGUGAAUUGCCCUGACAAAGCUGGCCUCGGAUGCGACCUCUGUCGAAUCAUUCUCGAAUUCGGACUCUAUGUUACUCGUGGAGAUAUCUCUACUGAUGGAAAGUGGUGUUACAUAGUACUGUGGGUUGUUCCACGGCCAAGCUCAUUGAAAAUUGAUUGGGAAAGCUUGAAAAAUCGGCUUGUAUCUGCAUGCCCUUCCUGUAUGAUUCCCUUUUUUGUAGAACAACAGUCCAGCAGUUGCUCACAUUCUCCAAUAUAUCUCCUAAAAGUAUUUUGUGUGGACAGGAAAGGACUAUUACAUGAUGUUACCAAAGUCCUUUGUGAGCUUGAGCUAUCAAUACAAAGAUUAAAAGUUAUGACAACGCCAGAUGGGAAAGUCUUGGAUCUCUUCUUCAUAACAGAUGGCUUGGACUUAUUACACACAAAGCAACGGCGUGAUGACACAUGUGAACAUCUAAGCAAAAUAUUAGGAGAAUAUUGCAUCAGUUGUGAGCUUCAGUUGGCAGGGCCUGAAUAUGAAGGUCAGCAGGCAUUCACUUCUCUUCCUCAACCAGUUGCUGAUGAAUUGUUUAGAUGUGAAUUGCCUGAGAAGGAAUCCUCAGAUGCAACAAAAGAUAAGAGGGCCGUUGUCACAGUGGAUAAUUUUCUGAGCCCAGCUCAUACAUUGCUUCAAAUACAGUGCAUUGAUCAGAAGGGUCUCAUCUAUGACAUUUUGAGGACUUCAAAGGACUGUGACAUUCAGAUUGCAUUCGGAAGAAUCUCUUCUACUGCCAAGGGCUACCGGACUAUGGAUUUAUUCAUACAAAAGACAGAUGGGAAAAAGAUUAUAGAUCCUGAGAGCCAGGAAGCAUUGUGCUCUCGCUUGAAGGAAGAGAUGCUCCAUCCAUUUCGAGUCAUGAUUGCCAGCCGUGGCCCUGAUACAGAACUAUUGGUUGCGAAUCCUGUCGAAUUAUCUGGAAAGGGGAGACCUCGUGUGUUUCAUGAUGUCACAGUUGCCUUGAAAACUCUCGGGAUUUGUGUAUUCUCGGCUGAAAUCGGUAGGCAUUCAACAUCAGAUCGGGAGUGGGAGGUGUAUAGAUUCCUUUUGGAUGAUACUCCGAAAUUUCCAUUAGCUAGCAAGCAAGCUCGAAGUGACAUUGUAGAUAGAGUAAAAAAGACGCUGAUGGGCUGGUGAGAGUUCAGAAUUUACUUCUUCAUCAUGAGCAAGUAACUAUUCCUGAAUAUGAUUUCUUUCCAAGCCUUCUGGUGAACUCUCUAAAUUCAACUAGACAAUGUUAUCCAAGUGUACCUAGACAAUAAAUUUGUCUGUUGAAAGGGAUAUUAAACUUCAACGAGAACUCGAAGCCCGAUGUGAACAGGAAGGCUUUAUACUGAAAAUGUUGGGGUUUGCAAAGCUGUAUUGGUGAUGUCUGAUUUGGUUUCUAUGCUAUCUGUAUAACUUGAUGUAGGUUUCUGAAAUUAUUUCAUUUCCAGUUAUCAUCUCCUUAUGUGUUCUGUCAAUUUGUGUUGUAUAUACUAUUUCUUUGGUAGACAGCUAAAAGAUUGUUCUUUCCAUCUUUUAAAAUGUGUGUUGACUUAAUCCAAA